AUGAAAUUAGGAUAUAAUGAAAUAAUGAUAACAUCAAUGUAUUUUAAUGAUAUUAAUGAUUUUAUUAAUUUAGAAAUAGGAAUUAAAAGAUUUCAAGGAAAUAUGGAACGAUUUCAUUUUAAUCCAAUUCCAUUAAAUGAAUAUUCAAGAAAAUUGUUUCCUAGUAUUGAAACAUUUCAUAUUUAUAAUGAAAAAGAUGAAAUAUUUAAAGAUGGAAAAAUAUUUAAAAAAGUAAUAUGGUAUUUAGUAAGUUAUUCAAAAUAUUUACAAGAGAAAGAAGCAUGGAAUGAAUGUAAAAAUAUAAAAUAUACAGAAUAUGAUAGAUGGAAAUAUGGAAAUACAAUACCAUCAGAAGUUAAAUCACUUGAAUAUAAUUGUUUUUCUGAAUGUUAUUCAUUAACAACAAUUAAUAUACCAUCAUCAAUUACAUCAAUAGGAGAUCGUUGUUUUUAUAGAUGUACAUCAUUAACAUCAAUUAAUAUACCAACAUCAGUCAUAUCAUUUGAAACUAAUUGUUUUAAAGGAUGUACAUCAUUAACAUCAAUUAAUAUAGAUAAUAUACAAUUUAUUAGUGAAAAAAGAAUAUUUAUGAAUGAGCCAGUGUUAGUUAGUAUUAAAAUACCAGAAAAUCUACAAAUAAUCAAUGGAAAGAAUAUUGAAAAGAAAGAUAUUAAUGAAUUUAUUAUUCCAUCUUCAAUUACUAAAUUAGAUGAUUGGUGUUUUUGUGAAUGUUCAUCAUUAACAUCAAUUAAUAUACCAUCAUCAAUUACAUCAAUAGGAAAUGGUUGUUUUUAUGAAUGUACAUCAUUAACAUCAAUUAACAUACCAUCUUCGAUUACUUCAUUUGGGGAUUGGUGUUUUAAUACUUGUUCAUCAUUAACAUCAAUUAAUAUACCAUCAUCAAUUAAAGAAAUAGGAAAUUGUUGUUUUUAUGAAUGUUCAUCAUUAAAAUCAAUUAAUAUACCAUCAUCAAUUACAUCAUUUGGAUCUGGAUGUUUUUACAAAUGUGGAUGUGUUGAAGAAUUAAUGAAAAAUAAAACAAUACCAAGAAAUUGUUUUAACAAAUGGUGA